AUCUCUCUGCCAAGCAACGAGACGAUUCCCGGCCUCCGCGAGCCAAGAAGAAUCCGACUAGUUUAAUCCCCCAGCGGUACCAAACUUCCAUUUUGGACAAGAUUUGAACCGGUCCUGCCGAAUACAAUACUGUAUCACCCCCAGCGAGUCCCGAUCAACUCAAGGAUUUGUUUAUCAUUCAGGCUAGACCAAGUUGCGAGAUCGAUGAGAGUGCCAUAAAAAUAAGGCCGGAACACAUCAGCCGAGGCCACUUGUAGGCCUCUGGAGUUCGGAGGAAAGAAAGAAGGUGCGGAGAAAUUUCUGAGGGUCGCGAGGGCGCCCCGUCGGUGCGGCGGGAGCACGUGAUAGCGAUACGCUCGCUCGCUGGGAGGAGAAGAUAAUCUUUGCAUCUCCCGUUCCCGGUCUCAGUUUAUGAGGGGGAGUUUUUUAGUCUGUAAGCUGCAUCAGGGUCUCAAUUAUAGAGGUCUUGACGUUAAGCUAAAAGGGGAGCUCCGGUCUGGUACGCUUCCCUCUGAUUAAGCCUAGCUCAUACCUUUUUCUUCUUCUUCCUCCUCCUCCUCCUCCUCUUCCGGCCGGCGCUAGUCUUCUUGCUCUUGGCGACUGAGAGCAAUGUCUCCUGUGCCCAGCCCACAUCAGUCACACCUUCUAGGCCACGGAUCAAGGAAGGAGAAGCGGAUGAGGAAAGUUGAUACCUUUGCGCCCCACAACGACGGCCACCAAUGGAGGAAGUACGGCGAGAAGAAGAUUAACAACUGCAACUUCCCCAGGUACUACUACAGAUGCACCUACAAGGACAACAUGAACUGCCCGGCCACGAAGCAGAUUCAGCAGAAAGACCACAGCGACCCCCCAUUGUACCAGGUCACCUACUACAACGAGCAUUCCUGCAACAGCGCCUUCCUCGCCCUCACCCCGACGGAGUUCCAGCUGCAGACCGCAUCCGGGAAGGCGGUCUCCAUCUGCUUCGAUUCAUCCGGGCCUCAAGAGCCGGGAGGAGGCUCGCCGUCCUCGAGCGCAGCGGCGCCACGCGGCGCGCCGUCGGAGAACAAGAACCAGACCCAGACCACCCUCAAGCUGCGGUCAGAAGCGCUUUCCUGGGGCCCCGGCGUCGUGGAGCAAAAGCCCGAGCUCCAGUCCUGCAGCACCGCGUGCCAAGACGCGUAUUCAGCCGCGACCAUGUCUGAGGACAUAGAUGCAGGCAGAUUCGGCUCUAUCAGAUUCUUCCAUUUUUUGUAAAUGGGAUCAAUGGAAGACACUUCUUGAUUUUUACCUCAAAGAACUAAUAUGAUGAUACACAUGUUCUUUUUUUUUCCCGUUUGCAUGCUAGAGCGCCAGGUAUUGGCAUGCCAGAUGUGGACAAGAUUUUCUUAGUUCAAUUGGAAUACCACUGCUAAUUCGGAUGGCAGAGUUCAGUUCUGCAAACUCUCAUGUUAUUUCUGUUGAGACACUGCAGCUGCAUCUUGUACCUUCAAAAGCAAUGAAUACCAAUGAAUACAUUCCUUA